GCGGCCUCUCGCGAGGUUGCCGGCCGGCUGUCCCUCCCUCCCCUCCUCCCGUCCCUGUGUCUGUGCUUCCCUUUCUCAUUCACUCACACACAGACAAAAUCUGCCCCCCUUCUCCUCCUCUUCCCAGCCCCCCUCCCCGCGCUCGCCUCAGCCCCACGUCACCGGGAGACCAGACGGGGACAACAUGGCGGAGCGGAGGAAACACAGGAAGCGGAUUCAGGAGGUGGGUGAGCCAUUCAAGGAGGAAAAGGCUGUUGCUAAAUACCUGCGUUUCAACUGUCCAACCAAGUCUACCAAUAUGAUGGGUCACAGAGUGGAUUACUUCAUUGCUUCCAAAGCUGUGGAUUGCCUUCUGGAUUCUAAGUGGGCAAAAGCCAAGAAAGGAGAAGAAGCCCUGUUUACCACUCGAGAGUCUGUAGUUGAUUAUUGCAACAGACUUUUAAAGAAGCAGUUUUUCCACCGAGCUCUAAAAGUGAUGAAGAUGAAGCCAGACAAGGAUGCAAAGAAAGAAAAGGAAAAAGAGAAAGGAAAGACUGAAAGUGGAAAAGAAGAUGAGAAAAAGAGCAAAAAAGAUGGCGGAAAAGAAGAAAAAGCUAAGAAGGAGAAAGAGAAGGAAAAGAAGAAGGAUGGUGAGAAAGAAGAAGGCAAAAAGGAUGAGACUCCUGGCACACCUAAGAAGAAGGAGACAAAGAGAAAAUUCAAACUUGAGCCUCAUGAAGAUCAGGUUUUUCUGGAUGGAAAUGAGGUAUAUGUGUGGAUUUAUGACCCAGUUCAUUUUAAAACAUUUGCCAUGGGACUCAUACUUGUGACUGCUGUUAUAGCUGCAACUCUCUUCCCACUCUGGCCUGCAGAGAUGCGAGUAGGCGUUUAUUAUUUGAGCGUAGGUGCAGGGUGUUUUGUGGCUAGUAUUCUCCUCCUGGCUGUUGCCCGCUGCAUCCUCUUCCUUAUCAUCUGGCUGAUAACUGGCGGAAGACAUCACUUCUGGUUCUUGCCAAACCUGACUGCUGACGUUGGCUUCAUUGACUCCUUCAGGCCCCUGUAUACACAUGAGUACAAAGGACCAAAAGCUGAUUCAAAGAAAGAUGAGAAGUCCGAAUCCAAAAAGCAACCAAAAUUCGACAGUGAGGAGAAAUCUGAUAGUGAGAAAAAAGAAGAUGAGGAUGGCAAAGCUGAUCCACUGGGAGGCUUAGGAUCAGAAGCUUCUGGCGGAGAGCGGAAUUCAGACACAGACAGUGAUAGGCGGGAGGAUGACCGGUCCCAGCACAGUAGUGGCAAUGGAAAUGAUUUUGAAAUGAUCACAAAAGAGGAACUUGACCAGCAAACGGAUGAAGAGGAUUGUGAAGAGGAGGAAGAGGAAGAGGAGGAGCAAGAUACUAGGCCUUUACAUGAACAAUCUUAAUUCAGCUGUAGUUUGGGACUAAAUUUUGUGCAGACAGUUGGAUUUUCUAUGUUGGCUGCUACACCAUAUUGACAGCAUUCAUUUCUUCCUUAUUUGCUGAAAUAUACAGAUGCAGCUUAGCCAAACAGCUUUAUAACAUAGUUCUUAAUUUGUUUUACAAACAGAAGAAAACCACUUAACUUGAUAGUUGUUGUAAGUAAUCUAAUAUACACUUACAAAAGCCAUCUGUUUCACAACUUGUCACUCAGAUAUUUUGGUCUGCUUAAGUCAUCAAAUAUACGGAGGAAUGUAGUUCUUUUAAUAAUAUUUUGGGAAAUUGCAUGUUGUAAGUAACUACACUUUUCCAGAAUAGUAAUUUAAAAUGGCACUUGUUGCAUUUAUUCCUAAUAGCUUAAUUUGAUUGAUACUUACAACAACUGAACUUUUCGGUUCGUUCUAUUUAUAUUGUUAUUAAUCUUCAUAAAACUGUAAGACUUUUCUUAGAACUUUUUGUUUAAGAAUAUUUUUUUUUCUUAAGAGAUAUAAGUUAAUGCUGACUUGGCUGUAGGGUUUUAAACUUUUUAACCGUGUGUGACCAACUUAGGAAAUCCAGACUGUUCUGUCCAUCUGGUUCAGAGCAAAGAAGUCAUCUUCAACAGGUGGCGGGGGGGAGAGAGAGCAUAAUUUGGAGUUUAUAGCUCUUGUCUUGACUUGCCCCAUCAUAAUACAAGAAGUGUAUUCUGUACAUAACAUACAAAUAAAGCAACCCCCUUAUUUUACCUGUUACUUAUUAUUUGGAGGAUUUAUCCAGUUUUCAAUUUGUAUAAUUAAAAGCCAUUUCAGAAUGUGUGUGUGUAAGGGAAAUGAGAGUGACAAGGACCUAACAGAAUCAGUGAGAUUGGCAGCUGUGUUCACUACUGCUUUAGUUUUGUGCCAACAUUCCACGUAUUGAAGUCCAAGUAAACUGAUUCUAAUUCAACAAAAGCAGACAGCGUAGCUCUGUGUAUGCCUUAAUGUUAGUCUUUUAUUUCUUUCUGUCUUCAGAAAGUGGAGUACUGUAUUUGAUGAGUAGACACUGCCAUGAGAGAGGAUAGGCUUGGCUUGAACAUUAAAAGAAGCUCAUAAAAAGAUUACCAAGACCAAAUAAUUUCUUGAAAUCUUGAAGGAGUUCUGAUUGUUCACUUUCUCUCUUAUGCAUCCCUCAUUUGACUGACUUGGAAGACCAUUGUGUGUUUAGUUCUAUAAACAUUUUUAAAGUUAAGACUUUACAUCAUUCCUCUGAAUCAUUGAAUUUCAGCCUAAAACUGAAAUUAUGAAUACAGAUUCAGUUCUUUCUUAGCAAAGUGACUGUGAAGAGAUAAUGCUAGUUGCUUGCAUUUUCGAUAGCUGACUUAACAGAUCUCUCCUUUUUUCCUUGAACUGCUUUUUCCAUCACCAGUGUUUUGACUGAAGAUGUUAAUUUUUUCUGAUUGUGCAAAUAUAUGCAUUUUAUGUGUGCAUUGAUAAAAACCAUUCACAAA